AUGUCGGGCCUAGACGUUGAAGCUCUCUUGGAGGCUACCGCCGCGGCUUCAGCACAGCAGAACCCCAAUGCUCACAUUGAUGACUCCUCUAGAAGCGACAGAAAGGGUCGUCCCCAGAACGGAACUGAGCGCGAUGACAGCCGUGACCGGGGCGCUGGCCAAGAUCGCCGUCGACGCGAUCGUCGGGACACGUCCCCCAGACACCGUAAGGGCACUCCCGGCGAAACUACCCCCCGGAGUGACACUGGAAGCCACCGCAGUAGACGCCGCAGUGAAAGCCGGGACAGAGACCGGUACAACUCACGCCGACACAGGGACGGUGAUUACUAUCGUGGAAGACGAGGCCGCUCCCGAUCCCGCUCCCGAUCCCCUCGCCGGCAUUAUCGCCCUCGAGAUGACCGAGAUCGCAGGGACCGUCGAGACCGCUCUAACCGCCGAGACCAGGGUCGAGGAAGAGAUCGAUCUCCCGGCAGAAGAUCUCGCUCACCGCAAUUGAAUGAAGACGAACGAGACAGCCGUACCGUUUUUGUGCAGCAGCUCGCCGCUCGAUUGCGAAGUGACAAGUUGAAGAGAUUUUUCGAAGAGAAUGCUGGCCCGGUAAACGAGGCUCAGAUCGUCAAGGAUCGCAUCAGUGGACGAGUCGGUUAUGUUGAAUUCAAGGACGAAGAAACGGUUCAAAAGGCACUUCAGCUCACUGGAAAGCCAUUGGCAGGUAUUCCUAUCAUUGUCAAGCUUACGGAAGCUGAGAAGAAUCGACAAGCUCGCAAUGCCGAGUCGACGAGUGGGAACCCGAACUCUGUCCCUUUCCACCGCCUCUAUGUUGGCAAUAUCCACUUCAACGUCACGGAGCAGGACCUGCAAGCCGUGUUUGAGCCAUUUGGUGAACUGGAGUACGUCCAACUUCAGAAGGACGAUAAUGGCCGCAGCCGUGGAUACGGGUUUGUUCAGUUUCGUGAUGCAACGCAGGCCCGAGAAGCUUUGGAAAAGAUGAACGGCUUUGAUCUUGCAGGCCGACCCAUCCGAGUCGGCCUGGGCAACGAUAAGUUUACCCCUGAGAGCACGGCCAACUUGAUGCAUAGGUUUUCAGGACAGAACAAUUUCCAAGGCUCUGCCUUCUCUGGGGCCGGCGGUCGCGGCGGGCAGGCGUCUACGUUUGAUAGAGCCGGGGGACGAGACAGCGACAAGACGGGCGGCGCAAGCGCCCUCGAUGACACAGACGUGGCGGGAGUAAACUUCAAUAAUUACAGUCGCGAUGCAUUGAUGAGAAAACUUGCCAGGACCGAUGAAGCAUCUAAUGGAAGAGAAGACCAGGCCGUCGUGAAGCCCAAGGCCGAAGCCAAGCCGCUUCCUGUCAACGUCAACGUGGCCAGUCGUUGCGUUGUCCUGCACAAUAUGUUUGACCCCGAAGAGGAAGAGGGCGACGACUGGGUCAAGGAGCUCGAAGACGACAUUCGAGCGGAAGCUGAGAGGCAAUAUGGGCACGUGGUCCAUAUUGCUGUCGAUGCGAACUCCAAGGGUGACGUUUAUCUCAAGUUCGACAAGGUCCAAGGCGGUGAAAAUGCCAUCAAGGGCUUGAAUGGAAGAUACUUUGGCGGCAGGAUGAUUAAUGCAUCUCCAGUCGUAGAUGCUGUCUACAGCAGUCUCUUCUCUCGCACCAGAGCCAUUUAA